AACAAGCGGCGAGCGGACGGCGUUCAAGGAAUCCCAAAAACUUUUCUUUUUUCCCCCCCAACACACACACACUGCGCCGCCGCGGUGUCUUUACUCUUCCAUCUACUCCUCCGCCUUUGCUCUGAACGCGAAAGUAACAGCGAAGUCGCCGAAGUGUGCCCGCCGGCGAUGAAGCGGACGCCACCCGCCGCUCGGAAGAAGCCAAGUUGCGGGAGGAAAAAACUUAUGAAAUGAUGCGCGAGCGACUGCAUCCCUCCCUCCAAAGUUCAGCUAAGGUGGCUAACGUUAGCUAGCGCAGGACCCUGCUCGCUGACUCCGACGUCAACGUCUGGAUUCACUUUUUAUUCACCCGUUGAGCCGGGUUUUGUGGUUACACGCCGCUUGGUGUGGUGGAAGAGAGGGCGUGAGGAUAUCUGAACCGUGUGGCCGACUGAAAGCUUCCAUCCUUGGCUCUCUACUACCUAACGUUAGGUCGGACCAGGGUACCGUAUCAAGCUAGUCCCUUUUAGCCAAGUGAUGCUAGCUGAGAGAGAGCUAGCCAAACAUCAAAUAAACUUGUUGAGAGUUAGUCUGCGUUUUUAAUAAGAGUGACAUUACUCUCGCAAUUCCCCCUUCCCCAUAUGCUCUCCAUCGUUAAAAGACUGCAGUGUUUUUCUUUUUAAACUUCAUAAAUAGAGCUACUACAACGUCUCUACCUAGGCUAUUUGAAGAGAGAAGUCAAAGAUACCCCCCCCAUGACCAUAUCACUGGUACUUACGAAAGAAACAACGGAACCGGAUGUACCUGAACGUAUCAUCAUUGUCCCGUUGAGUUGUGGCUGUGAAGUCGGAAGGAAUGGAAAGUGACAGUUACAGUAAAGGGCUCCAUUGACUCUGGACCACUUUGACAAUCUGUGUCACUUUUGAAGAAGUCGGUCUGAGUGAUGUAAGUGACCCCGAGUCACUCAGCACCAGCCCUGUAUUUCUACCAUUUUCUAUUUUUUUUUUUUUGGUCUUCUCUUUGGUCCCAUCUCAAGCCUCUCUGGUGCGGGGUGGGGGGGCACUUGCGUCUGAGGAGCUGAGGGACUUCACCUGGGAUUAAGUGAAGAGUGCUACAAUGAAGGUCACUGUGACUUUUGGGCAGACCGGUGUGGUGGUGCCCUGCAAGCAAGGCUGGACCGUGAGGGACCUCAUCCAACAAGCCACACAGAGAUACAGAAAGCUCCUGGAACAGGAAGGAGACUUCCUGGUUCGGACCCACCAUGUUGAAUACUGUGACGGGGGGAUUCUGGACCCCGAUGACGUCCUCAGUGAUCUGGUAGAAGACAAGGACAAGCUGAUGGCUGUGUAUGAGGAGCAGGAAGCCCAGCAGAGGGGCGUGGCCAACACGAGGUCCGCCCCCAGCCCCGACCUGCACCAAUCGGAGCUCUCUGUCUUCCAGCCGGCCGCAGAGGGAGAGAUCGAAGUCAAUUCCUCCGUCCUCAAGUCCAACACCCCGCUGUUAGUGAGGAGCAGCAGCGACUCGGCCCUCAGCCCCCAGCCGAAAGAGGCCGGACCCCCCCUCGCUGAGGAGGCCGUCGGGACGGCCGCCGUUCCUGCUGGGGAGAGGCAGGCGGGGGUUGACCGACCCCAAGGCCAACACACCUCCAACGGCAGGUCAGUGCGCACUAGGCUCAUGCUAUUAAUGUUAUGUAACGGUGAGAGUAACUUAUUGAGUGUGCGUAUGGAAUACGGGGCCCAGGAAGUGUUCCGUCAGGCGAUGCGCUCCCCAGUGGUGCGCUUGGAAGUGGUUCCCUCCACCAACAGAGAACGCUACGAGAAGAGUCUGAUCGGGCAGCUUUUCGGCAACAGCGCCGGCCUCGCCGGCAGCCCCCAAGUCGCCAAGACCAAAGAGCCCCCCCCUCCUGUCAAAGCCAAGCCCCUGUUCAAGCCGCCAGAGAAUGCGGCUGUGCGAUUGGCCGAGGAAGCCGCUGCGAACACUCCCAGGGGGAGGAGUGAGAGCCCCCUCCCUAAGAAAAGUCCUGCCCUCUCCAGCCUGGUGACCAAUAAGAGGGGAGGACGGAGGCUGAGGAUCGACCUAAAGAAAGGCUCAGAAGGUCUCGGUUUCACCGUGGUAACCAGAGAUUCUUCAGUCCACGGCACGGGUCCCAUUCUAGUAAAGAACAUUCUGACACGUGGAGCCGCCGUUAAAGAUGGCCGCCUGCAGUCCGGAGACCGCAUACUUGAGGUCAACGGGGUGGAUAUCACAGGUGUGGGCCAAGAGGAGCUGGUGUGCAUGCUGCGCAGCACGCGGCCAGGAGAGAGCGUGUGUCUCGUGGUCCUGCGGCAGGAGGAGAUGUUCCUGCCCCGAGAGAUGAAGGACGAGCUGUGCCGUCUGACUGGCUUCGUGCCGGAGAGCGGGAAGGAGCAGCUCAUGUUCGAGGUGCCCCUCAACGACACCGGCUCGGCGGGCCUGGGCAUCAGCCUCAAGGGGAACAAGUCCAGGGAGACGGGAGAGGACCUGGGCAUCUUCAUCAAGUCCGUCAUCCACGGCGGGGCGGCGUACAAGGAUGGCCGUCUGCAGGUCAAUGACCAGAUGGUAGCGGUGAACGGAGAGUCGCUUAUGGGAAGGUCCAAUCAUGUCGCCAUGGAGACGCUCCGCCGCUCUAUGUCACAGGAAAGAAACAUAAGAGCGACGAUCCAACUAGUGGUGCUGAGGGCGCUCAAGGACCAACGCGGUGCAUCACCCGAUCGCUCGUUCGACAGCUGCUCUGGCCAGUCGGGACCCCCCAUGGUGAACAACGCCCUCUACGCCUCUAGUGCGACCAAUGGGAGUCUCUCUUUCAUGGACGAGGACGAGGAGGGGGAGCUCUACGCACAUGAGACAGACUUCAGCAGCUCCAAGCACCACUCUGAUCUCCAGGAGAGAGGAAGCUUCCACACCUCUGGCCCGGCCCAGCCGCAGUGUCCCGCCCAGAACCGGAGCCAGCGCCACUUCCAGCACGUCAAAGCCUCCAAGAGCAUGGACCUGGGUACGACUCAGAACCAGCAGCACACUGUGGCAGAUGAGAGCAACAUGAGGUCCCUGGAUGCAGCGUCUCCGUCAGCGCCGGUGGAACUCGGCCCGACCCUCGGCUUGAAAAAGUCCAGCUCUCUGGAGAGCCUCCAGACGGCCAUGUCAGAGGUGAACAGAAACAACGAGCUCCUCCCCUUCCACCGACCUCGCCCCAAUAUGGUCAGAGGAAGAGGCUGCAACGAGAGCUUCCGAGCAGCGAUCGAUAAGUCCUACGACGGGCCACCCGAGGAAGAGGACGACGAUGGUUCGGAGCCCAGUUCGGGCCGGGACACCCCUGCGAGCAGCUCGUCCCGCCAGGGGUUGGCGGAUCGGACGGAAGACAAAAGCAAAAAGGAGAAGAAAAAGAAACCGAAAGCUAAGAAGAAGGAAAAGAACAAGGGGAAAGGGAAGGAGAAAGAGAGAAAGAAAGCGGCGGAGCCCGAGGAGACGGAGAAGAAGAGCAAGAAAAUAGGCUUUGGUCUGCUAAGAUUCGGGAAGAAGAAAGAGGAGAAAAAGGAGGCGAAAGCAGCUCGGCGACAGAAGUCGGACAUCAUGAGUGAUCAUGAGUUUGAGAGGAUGAAAGAGGAGAGGGAGAGGAUCGAGGCGGGGCACCCCGAGCUGAGAGAGCACCGCAGAGACCAGCAGGGCGGCGCGUCGCCGUAUCCAGAUGUCGAAGAUGACGAGCUAGACCCCAGCUAUGCCCAAAUACAACCCUUCAGGGGCCGAGAGGCGGGACCAAUGGCGGCGCCGCCGCCUCAGUCCCCUCCCUACAGCCACGUUGGCCCACCGUCCCCCCAGGGCCACAUUCCAGGGCACGGGAGUCACGGCAACGACCCUGGAACCGUCCCCGGUGAUGACCCGCUUGAUCGGCUGUACGCCAAAGUCAAUAAGCCGAGAGGGGCGGGACCUACACCUUCCGCUGUUGCCGCUGCCGCCAAUGACGGUGUGGACCGGAUCCAGCAGCUACGAAGAGAAUACCAGCAGGCGAGGAGAGAAGGAGCGGUGCCGCCUUAUGAGGAACUGGAUCUACGCCGCAGAGGACAUGAAAACGAAGCACCAAGGAUGGCGAGCAGAGCGGCGGAUCAUCGCUCGGCGCCACGUUACGAGGAAGUGGAACGUCAGUACGCCUCCCUGCCGAGGCGCGGCCCUCUGGAUGUGACGGACUACCCCAUGCAGCCCUGGUCGGGUCAUUACCCCGGACCCCCCCAGGGGUACCCUCAGUCCCCCUCCUACCCUCACGCCAACCCCCAGUCGGCCCCGUCUUACUCCGGCUACCCGCCUGGUCAACCAUACGCGCGGCCAGGUGACCCCCGCGGCGUCGACCCCGGCUACUACCCCCACCCGAGCUCCCAGCAGAGAGGCCCCAUGCGGCAGGACGUGCCCCCGUCCCCCACCCCGCCCCUGCGUGGAAUGCGGUACGACACUGUGACGCGCGGCGCCGCGGGCGGAGGCUACAGGCGCCCGGUGGAUCCCAGUGCAGACCAGUACGUCUACACUGGCGAGGGAGGAAGACAGCCACAGCAACACCAAACCAACCCGAGGCAGAAGAACGCCAUGACUGCGGCCGUGUAGAGCGAGCAGGAGCCCGACGCGAGCCGCUCCUCCGCGGGCCGUACUUUACCCCUCGGUGGCGUGAUGUGAAUCCCAGUGGUUAUCAAACGCUGUCUGCGCGGUAAUAUCUAAUAAUAAUAAUACACCGACAAGGUAAAGGAGGUUAAUAACCGAGUGGCCGCGUGAAGCUUAAUGUCUUGUUGUUUGAAGUCAUUUAAAUUGCUUUGAGUCUUCGCGCAGUAUGAAAUUAGCAGGGUUUCUACUUUUCACUGUACUCUGAUUAAGUCGUCUCUUUCAAGAACCCGUCGGAGCCACAAAGAUAAUUGGAUCUGUUCAGAUGAAGGCGCACAUACAGCUCACGCUGCACCUGGUGGUUCCACUGCUGCUGCUCCACAAACAAGGGGAACUAUUUUAAAUGUCACCACAUGUUACAUUUUUGGAAUAAAAUCCUCCGGUGUUGAGAUGUAGAAGAUGAUGGAAACAGCAAAGGAUUUAUUUGGAAAAAUCCUAAUUUGUACUGUUUAGUAAUUAAGAAUCCACCAAACAACAUCUCAAACUGUGAGCGAACGUUUCAGUAUUAAAUCAAGUGCGUUUUUAGACCCAUUAUCUCAACUUAACAGUAACGUAACAGGGAGAACGCCACUAGCCACGACGACUGGUCUGAUGUACACAUGCAGUAUUUUUUAUUCAACGAAUUAUGGAAAGUACUUAAUUAAUGUGCUCUAAAAGCGCCGUAUUAUCUUCACUUAAUGUGCUUUUAAUAAUUCUAUAGUUGCCUUUCGUUCUAUCCAAUCAGCAGGCUCCUUAACGUUUCCAUUUAGCCACUCGCUAAACCAGCAAUUAGGUGGGAGGCGGGACCCCAGCGCCCAACGCGUCUCUGUUUCACUGCAAGAAGCACAGCGCCAUUCAUUCCGCUGGAGAUUAAAUGUUUAAGAUGACACUUCAGGGGUGGCUGAGUCGGUCAUUUGACUGGAGCCCGUGCGGACCAAACAAAGCAUUUAAUUCGCUUGUUUGCCUGACAGAUCUGCACCUCGGAGGAAGAGAGUAGAUAGGAAGGCAAGGAGGGAAAGAGGAGAUAGAUGGUUAUGAAGCAAUAGACUGGCAGCGCACGUGGAGGGAAGCUCCCGGUGGUUUGAUGCAGAGAGUCUUCAAAGCACAACACGGGAGAGGCGGUGAUGAGAGGUCGUGGGUACGCGGGCUGCAGAGGUUCUGCAGCAGGAGGAGGGUCACAGGGCCUCCGCGUUGAAUGACGGCCGUGACUGUGUCUUUUUCACGCUUUUCUUUCAGCAUCAGUGUCAAACUCCCAAAUAAAAGAAGAAAAUAAGGACGGGGCAGUUUGACCUGGUGGUGAAGUGAGGAGAAGAUGCCUCCUGAGAUCUCAGUGUUAACGUUAGCAGCCUGGCUCCUGUACGGGAGCACCAGCUACUGGCGUUACCUCAGACAACGCCCCCAAACAACCAAUGGGGGCGCAAUAUUUGGUAAAACAGUAGAAAACGUUGUUUUAGGUUGGCGAGCUGCAGAGAGAUGUCCCGGCCGGCGUUUCAUAUUCAACAGAAAACAUCUUUGUUUGGUAGAGAAAUGGGCAAAAGUCCCACCGUCAUCCUGCUAGUGGGUUUUUAAAAGAAAACGAGAAUAACAAUGCAGAAAUCAACGCUCCUUCUAAAUUCACAAAGAAUAUCGUGAUUGCAAUAUCGAAAUCUUUCAUCCGAUGUUUAAUGAAUCUUUGUCAAAAAUGUUGUAUUUGUAUUUGAAGGGGAAACAAGAAGCUUAAAUGUCACAUGAAGAAUUAAAACAGUGUUUUAUACGCCUAAGGCCUUAGAGGUGGAGAGUAAUGAGUCAUUACAACUAAUUACUAAAUAAUAUGUGUGAUUCUGUAUCAAAGGGUUGCAGUAGAAGACGAAUUGUGUUACUGUGGAUGAUUGUAGCCACGCUCCAUGUGCCUUAUGCAGCACCAAAGAAAAAGACAUCCGCUGGAGACACACGGGCAAAAAAUGCAAAAAUGUCCUGUGUGGGUGUCAGGAAGCUUUGCUGUGCUGCAUUAUUGUGAGAUGAAACAUUAUACGAAGGUGAAUUAUUGUUACUUUGAUGCUGGUACGAGAUCCCCAUGUAUGUUACUUCUUUAAUAAAUGUUUUGAUGCAAGUCUUUUUAACGCCGGUUAGUGUUGUUGGUUGGUUUAACCAGAGUGUUACCACGCUCCAUGUCCCUUAUGUCCAUCAAAUGUUCUGUUUACCAUUCACAUAGAUACAACAUGCAUGGAAAUAAUGAACCGUACCAGCAAUACUCCUCUUGUUUUUUUCUAUUUGUCAGUCUGCAUAGCAUGGUUAGCAUAGCAUGGUUAGCACACGGCACGUUGUGAAUGUACGGCUCUCUGGUUUUCACAGCAGAGCUGAAGGUACUAACGCGUCUUAGCAGAGACGUCACGGUAUGAAGGAGCCAACUCGACCCCUCUGUGCAUUAGACUUAUACUGAUGUAUCCAUAACCAUAUGUAACCAUUACAAUGUUUCCCAAUAUAUUUAUGUAUAUAACAUCUUUUUACAUUAAAUAUUCAUUUUUUAAACACGA